AUGGAAGAGGUGCCAAAGGGGAUGGCUGAGGCCUGGUCUUCUCCAGCUGUGAAUGGUUCAUCAGAGCAGAAGCCUCAGCGGCAGCCUCCGGAAGUGCUGGACGGGGUCUGGGAAGCACCUCGAGGGGAUGGGCUGCCCCUGCUCACCGUCAUUGUCGCUGCCUUUGUCCUGCUGGCAGUCUGUAUCGUGGUGGCAGUUCACUUUGGGCCGAGGCUGCACCAGGGCCAUGCCUGUCUCCUCACUGAGCCACCAGCCCCAAAGCCAGAGGGUGGCAUUUACCUCAUCCACUGGCGGGGAAGGGGCUCCCAGGACAGUCACGAAGAAGCCCAGCAGGAACCAGAUGGGCCCAGAUCCAGCGUCGACGAAGUCACAUAUCUGUAGGAGGAGACUUUGAGCCAGCCUGACCCCACUCAGAGCAAGAAACUGGACCGAGAAUUAGGACAAAAGCGAUUCGGAGCCUGGGCAUCAGAGCUUCGGAAGGGCACACUGGACUCAGCAGGAGCUGCCCUCUCAGAGUAUUUAUAGAGAAAGUCCCACUGUGGAUAGGAGAAACAAAAGAAGCUUGCAAGCCCUGCCCAGAAACAUACUGCCAUGGUCAUUCCCAGCGUGCGAGGCCACCCUCACGCAGCUACCCUGUCUUCUGCAGGGACCCCCAGGCCCCUGGGGCUCCGUCUGAGUCCCUGGCCCCUCCUUAUCCCCCUAAUCUUUUCUUCUGGUGAAAAAUGAAUUCAGCUUGGAAGAUACCACUGCCUACUCCACUUCCAGGCCGAAAUGUCAGAGGCCUCCACGGAGCGGUCCUGUCUUCACAGCCCCCCAGAUCCUCUGAAGGCCAACCAAGAACCAAGACGAAAAAUCCAGAGGCCUGCCUUCUCGAAGACUCACUGGGACUCAGGGAAGGAAGAAAUAUCUGUUGGCCUUCACCCACUGACAGGCAGCCUU